GCUUUCAUUGAUUGAACUACUAGUUGACGAGCGCCUGAUUUUCCUAAGAUUAUGAUGCCUCACAAAUUUACAGUAGAAUUUGUAAAAGCUGGAAUUCCCGAUUAUCACGCGAGCUUCUGGUCAGGCGAGUUUCUUAAAAUAACGGCUCGCAACACAACCAAAGACCUUGACAUUAAACGGAACUUACACUGACGAUCGAGGUAGUUUCCAGACAGAGACUCAACUGACCACUACCGACGCAGACUGCUGUCGUUAUUGCAUUUGCCAAAAGUUACAGUCCUGUACAGAGCUACUGGAAAGACGAUAGAGUAUAGAGAUAGUUAACUUUUACCUCGUUAGCACCAAGUGAAGCAAUUGUGUGGACAAGUCUUAUUCACCGUAAGAAAACUGCUGAAGACAUUUCCAGUUGAGCGCAGUCACAUGCACACGCGACUUGCAGAUUUUAGCCUCGUCAGCAGCAUCAUUAUCAUAACAAAGAGUCUGGUCAGAUGAAAGUGGGAGCAGGCUCUGAACAGGUCACAUUCUAAAAUGGGAAACAUAAUUCCAAACUUCUUCGGUUCCUGGGAACCGUACCAAAAUGUUGAAUGCCAGAAUGCUUGGGCUGGCUGCGAUGCUUCAGAAGCAGGGGCACCUAUUACUGGAGGAAAGCUUGUUAAUGGCAAACUCACGCGACGGAGAGGUGAUCACGAAGUCGAUGAACGAUGUGUGGAGGUCGGCGGCCCGCUGAGCUCUAUGUCCAGCUGCACCAAACACCCGGGUCACACCGACUUCAUCCCGGUCCCAGAGUUUGGCCUGAGGCAUCUGCCGCGACCCUACAGGAACAAGCUGGUGCUGGACUUCUUGAAGGCGUGCGCUAAUCUGGUCGUGCGCCUCCAUCUUGGCUUCAUCAGCGACGGCCGGCCGGAGAAGUGGCCUGGCACGGAGGACAGGUAUCCGUUUGCCGUCCACCGAGGGACUGACUUGGUGAGUAAUGUGGGCAGUGGGUGGGUGAGCCGCGUGCGACCUUGCUGGGAGGAGCACGGUUUGUGUCGCUGUGCGACGUGCCGUGAGAUGGAAGAUGAGGGGAAGGAGAGGAGAUGGUGGGAGGUGUUGAUUGUCACGGCUCGCCAUGUUGUCUUUGACUCGGUCGAAGCGAAGAUGUGUGAGGUCACGCUGUUUGAUGAUCACAAGGACGGGAGCGGGUCAGUUGUCCUGAUGGCGUAUGAGAUGGGGCUGGGUCACACUGAAGAGGAUUUCUGCUUCGUGAUGUGCGCGACCCAUGACCCGAAGGUCGCUGAGAGGCUUCAGGAAAUGAUGGACGAGAGGGAGACAUUGAGCGAUAUGAUUGUACAGCAGUACCAACACGUGGACGACAUCCCCACCAACACGGUGGUCAUCUCGCACCCUCACGGACGGAUGAAGUACGUCUCUGUGGGUGAGUUUAAAGGUUUGGAGAAAAUGGGAGACAAAUGGAUCUACAGUUUCAGGCACACCGCGGCCACAUGCCCGGGCAGUAGUGGGGGCGUCGUUCUCCCUCUCAUUGGCUGGUGGAGAGGCUUAUUUAGAGCAGCACCGCACAAUUUUGCACUGACCAGCUCAGAAAAUCUGAGCGGCAGAUGGGGCUUUUUUUUCUAAUUCUAUACAGUAGUCUCCACCUAAACACACGGUGCUCGGGAGGGCUCCUGAGCAUGUAUUUAUACAGAGCGUGCGUUUACAUGAACCUGAGCAAAGGGAGGAAGGGACGUAGUCACCUCAUUGCCAUAAUAUACUAGUUACCUCCCUUUGAGGGUGGGGUCACUUUGGCCGAUAAUGUGACGACAGGUGACUGUUUUGUGAAGGAUUCCGUUAAGAACACAAAGGCGUUGAA